CCCACAUGUAGCCUAGGGAUGCUAGGCUUGGAGCUAGGCUACAUUCAGGAAUCAGGAUGUGUACAUAUUGUCAUGUAAUGUAAACGUGUGCAGAUGUUUCAAAAUAGGGCUUAGGUAGUUGCUGAUUGCAAGAAUGAGACUAUUGAGUAUUUUGGAUACUUUAGUGGUUGUCUUGUAUUUUUCAAGACCUUCACUUUGUAAAAAAAAGGAUGCACAGAAAUCAUCCUUACAACUUCUGGAGAAAGAGAGCAAGAGGUUGGAGAAAACAGGAUGCAAGUCCACCAAACAGGACCAUGUCACCAAUCUCAGGGUCAACAGAAAGUGGGAAGCAGCCACAGCCUGUCUCCUACAAACUUUACAGGCAUCAGCUGAUGACGGGUGGGCGUGGUCACAGCUGGGCGACCUGUAUGACAGGCAGGGGGAGAAGAAAAAAGGAUCAACCUGUUUCCAACAGGCAGCGAAACUAACAGGGAAACUUACAGACUUUGUGAGGAAGUGGCAUUUUUUAGGCCCAUUUGUGAUUGGUAAGAUUGAGAUGGAUGGUGACCCCAUUGCAUCCUGGGGAGGUAUUGCCAACGUCUCCUCCACCAGGUUCAACAAGAAGGCUGUCUUCUACUCUGAGUUAGUACAGGGCGGGGAGGUUAAGUGGAGCAUUGUUAACCAAAAGUCUGCAGGUGAGAGGUUGCAGGUGUCUCCGCAGCUGUCCUGGAAUGACCUGGUCAUGUCGCUGGGUUCCAUGGCCAUCACAGAGUGGCAGGGCUGGCUGGUCGGCGAGUUUGCCGUCAACGACAACGAUGUCAAAGUGCUCGUACAAACCCUGGGUGUGCCAACUUUCUACAUAGACAACAUCCCUAUAGCUGGAGAGGUGUACCAUAGAGACCAGUACUGGUUUUCUGUUCCUCUAACAAGAGGAAUCCACACUGUAUACAUCCAACUGAGAACAAAAGUUACACAGCAAUUGAUUUUCAAUCUAAAGCAGGCUGGAAGCAAUGUAUUAGAGGUUCUGACCCCUCCCUACCUACCAGACCUGCUAGAUGGUAGAGUCCUUGGUCAUGUGAUCCCUCUGCCAAUAGCCAAUCACCAUCCAACACACUGGAUCAAGAACAUCAGAAUUUCAUUGGUCAAGCAGGAAGGAGGCCCAAAAGUUUCAAUCAGCCAACCAGAGAUCAGCAGAAGGUUUUCAGUAGCACCUGGCCAGGUAAGAAUACAUGAUGUGUACAUCACAGCAAAUGAAGGGGUGUCUUCAGUGAAGACUUCUUGUCAGGAUAUGAAAUUAACCCUACAAGUGAGCGGGUCGGAGGGCAACACUCAGGUCAUCACCAUCAGCCUGAGAUGUCGCACAUACGGACAGUCGUUUGUUUUCACUUUCCUGGACCAUGAUGGAUCCGUUCAGCAUGCAGCAGCUAUCCCACCUCUACAGGACUGUGUGACCAGUAGGUGUCCGGUGUUACUGACUCAUCAUGGCACAGGUGUGUCUGCUCAGAACCAGGCAGACAGUUAUAAGAGAAUGGAGGGUGGAGACUGGAAGUUUGGUAUAGAAACAGCCUGGACUCUGGCUCCAACAAGGCAUGGAGCACACAACUGGGAGGGUCCAGGAGCGUUAACAUCCAUGACAGCAUUGCACCGCUUACAAGAGUUGGUAGAAUCAGCAUCCUGGAUACAGAACAAGGUGGACCCACAGAGGGUGAUCUUUGCAGGACACUCCAUGGGGGGCCACGGGGCGUGGCACCUAGCAACCCGCCAUGCCGACAGGGCCCUGGCCGUGGUGUCUCUGGCCGGGUGGAUCAAGAAGGAAGAGUAUGGGGACAGCAAUGUUUUCUUCAGACAUGACAUCAGUACCAGUACUGCUGACCCUUCAGUAAAAGCUAUUAUGGAGUCUUGCAUUGCAGAAAAUGAUGCAGACAGACAUGUGUCAAACCUACAAGGAGUUCCAGUGCUUACCAGGAUUGGUGCAGAUGACCGAACUGUUCACCCAUUCUUUGUCAGACGAAUGUACCGCCUUCUCCAGGAGACAGGGCUGAAUGUUACGUACAGUGAGCUGCCUAAGAAGGAACACUGGUGGUGGGACACCUGGGACACCAAUGAUGGAGGUGCAGUGAACGACCCACAGCUGAGGCAGUUUGAAAUGGAACAUUCCAGACCAGAGACGGACACAACUGAAGAGGGAAGUUGUUCUCGGGACGGGGCUGACUGUGCAACCUCUCAGGGCUCCAACAGAUACAAGAAGUUACCUGAUGGCAGCUACACCCUGACUGUGAUGAACCCUGCUUCAGUAGAGGGUGGGAGGGGGGUACAAGUCCUACAGCAGACUGUACCCAUGAGAACCAGCACAGUCAAGAUGGAGUUCCAACCUGGACAAGCCAUACUGGAGACACAGAAUGUCGCUCGCUUCAGUCUGUAUGAACCUGACCUUCAUCCUGUAGGGUGGGCCAAAAGGACACUCGAGGUCGACGGGGUCACUUUUCAGGACACACAUGAUGUUACUGAGAGUGGGGUCAACUUCUGCAAGAAGGAAGGUACAUGGAACCUUUGUAGUGACGGUGAGAGUUUUGAAACUGAAGGACAAAGAGGUCCACACAACAUGGGACCUGCCAGGAGGGUGGCAGAACACAGGUUCCUCAUAGUCACUGGGACCCAUGGUCCUGCACCUGUGACUGCCCAGCUGGAGAGGCUAGGUGUUUACCUGGCCAACCUAUUCCACCUGACCUCCGACACCUCCGCAUCUAUGGUCAAGGACACAGAGCUCAGGACAGAGGACGCAGAAUUGCACAAUCUGAUUGUGAUAGGUGGACCUAAAGAAAACAGUUGGGCAGCAGAUUUCAUCAACACUGUUCCGUUAGGUUGGGAUGAAAAAGGCCUGACCUUGGGAGACUGUCGUUUCACCCACCCUCGUACCGGUGCCCUGUUCCUGGCCAGGCAUGCUGGGAAGGGCCUGUCCCUGGUGCUGAUGGGUAAUUCCCUGUCAGGGCUGGAGGAUGUCGUACAGCUGGGCAGACCCACCAUCCCUCCCAUGACAAGGUCUCCUUUCUCCAACCUGGUGCCUGACUUUGUCCUGACUGGCCCAGAGUUCCAGAGAAGUGGCCCAGGUGGUUACCUGUGUGCUGGGUUCUGGGGAAACCAUUGGGACCUGAGGAGGGAGCUUGUAUCAUGUGCCUGCUAGAGCACAUCGGCAGCAGAACGUACUGUGCCUGUACUCUGCAAGCAAAGUUUAGGCUUUGGCUUAGUUUUCAUGUGCUUUUAGGUGGUUUUUUUUUUGGGGGGGGGGCUGUUUUUUGUGGUGGUAUCUUUUUUACACGAACCCUUUGGGUGGCAAAUAUAGUAACUGCCAGGCAAAUGGAUACUACCUGGCCAAUCUGAUUCUGCCUUUUAGCCACCAAAAAUCUGCUUGGAGAUUACUGUGCUUACACAAAACCUGGAUUCCUCACGGGUUUUGUUGGAUGUACUUUGGUGCACAUUGCAUCAGAAUUUAGCCUGUUGCAGGCUUUUCUGACAAAACAUUUGAAAAUAGAUUCUGCCAAUACACUAUGGGUCUCACGCAGGUGCAAUACAUUCUGCUAACACCAAAGAAAUCUCUUGGUUCUCUAAUUUUUCAGGAAAAAUAGGCAGGUAGAAUAAAAGUAAAAAAAAGAAACUACACUGUUUGAGGCAUUCUGCAAUAUAAUAUUCACAUAGACCCAAAAUGCUUUGACUGCCAGAGCCAUAAUCCUAAAGGGUGCAUUUGAUAUUUUUUCAAGUAAAAAUUGAAGCAGUGAGUUGCGUGACCUAAUAUCAAUAUGUGUUAACUUUGCAUACUGGUACAGUCCUAGAGAUUGAUCUUAAGUGCACAAGAUUGAAAUUAUGUAUAGAUAGAUGUUUAAAAAAGGCUGCUGGAUUUUCUUGGAUUUAAAGGUUGGUAUGCAAGGAAAAUUUCACAUAAUAGUGCUGUCUUGUUUUACAGGGGAAAAUAAUCUGUUCAUGGAUAUUUUUCUGCAAUAGUUUUGGCAAUGGUUGUUUUUACUCUAUGCUGCUUUCCACUUUUUGGUGCAAUAAUUCUAAUGACUGACUCUGUGAUUUGGUGACUUGGGAGAUUUUCAUUACAAUACAUUUUCAUAGGAUUUACUGUGUGAUUGAAAACUUUUUUUUGGGGGGGGGGCAAAAAUUCAUGCGUGCCCGGAUAUCAUCCAUAUAAUCAAAUCAACAUGCCCUAAUGGUGGAUUAAGAUAUCAAAGGGAGGAACUGUGUGAUAUGUUAAACAGGGCACUGUUAGCAGAGCUCUACAUCAAAGCAAUCAAACUUGCAUUGUAAAGGGAAGUUUGUUACCAAGGCCAUUGUUCUGUAAUAUCAGACAUAACACAGUAUAAUACAACACAGCUCACUCCGCACUUCAGAAUACAUGUAUUUACAUGUAGCAGUGUUUUCAACACUGUAGUGACUGCAGUCUGGUACACAAUUUGAUCUUGUUCUUCAAAAUCAUUUUGUGCAUAAAAAUAUAAUAAUAACUGCAUGCAUACAUUGUAUACCACAGUAGUCCUCUUUGGAUAAAAUGCAUAAAAAUGAACAUGUGAUCAUCCUGUCUUAUAAAUUACUACUGUCACUUUUCUUCUGAAUAUAGACUAAUGUGUCCUGAGUGUAUAUUGCCUGCUACUAAAAUCAUUUCAUGUGCAGAAAGCUCAGUUGAAAAAAAAUAUCACGCAUCAUUUGACAAUGACUUGUAUCAUGAGCUUUGCUCAACAACCAUUUUGCACCAAGCUGGUGUUUUGAUUUUUUUUUUAC